AUGGAUGCUGAGGGUAAUUGGUAUGAAGGGCAGGAUGUUGGGGAUGCUUUUGUUAAAUAUUUCAAAGGAAUUAUGGGUAGGAAAGCUGAAGUUAAUGCUAUUUGGGAGCCGGAGACGUUAUUUGUUAGGAAACUUGAUCCUUUGGUUGCAUUGGAUAUGGUUUCUGUCGUGUCUAGGGAUGAAGUGAAAGACGCCAUGUUUCAGAUUAAUGAUGAAAAAGCUCCUGGGCCUGAUGGUUAUAGUGCUAAGUUUUUUAAAGAAGCUUGGGGAAUAGUGGGCAAUGAUGUCACUAAUGCUGUGUUAGAUUUUUUUGGGAACGGGAAAUUGUUAAGGGAGGUGAAUGCUACUGUUUUGUCUAUGGUCCCGAAGGUUAAGGCCCCUAAAUAUGUUUCGGAGUUUAGGCCGAUAGCAUGCUGUAAUGUACUUUAUAAGUGCAUUAGUAAAGUGAUCUGUAAUAGAUUAAAAGGGUGUUUGGAUAAACUGGUCAGUCAAAAUCAGAGUGCGUUUAUUCCGGGGAGGCUGAUUAGUGAUAAUAUAUUAUUAUCUCAGGAGCUUGUAAAGGGGUAUGAUUGGAUUGGGGGAACUCCGAGGGUGGCUUUAAAGAUUGAUCUUCAAAAAGCGUAUGAUUCGGUUGAUCAUGGUUUCAUGGAAAGCUGCUUGAUUGAAUUUGGUUUCCAUCAUAGGUUUGUAGGUUGGGUAAUGAGCUGUUUGUCGUCUGUUUCUUAUUCAGUUGCCCUUAAUGGCAAUCUUUAUGGUUUUUUUAAGGGUGAAAAGGGAUUAAGGCAGGGAGACCCCAUGUCUCCAUAUCUUUUUACAAUCGUAAUGGAAGUACUAAAUCUGAUGCUGCAAAGAAAGAUCAGGAAUUGUGACAGUUUCAAGUACCAUUGGAGGUGUGAGAAAGUCGGGUUAACACACUUAUGCUUUGCCGAUGAUUUGUUCAUCUUUUGUGGGCCUGAUCUUGGAACUAUUGAUACAAUAAAGGGUGCGGUCAAUGAGUUUAGUGGAGUUUCUGGUCUUAUUCCGAAUAUGCAUAAGAGUGAAAUAUUUUUUGGAAAUGUUGAGGAGGGGUUGAAGAGUGUGAUCCUGAAUGAACUUCCUUUCAAGGUUGGAUUGUUUCCUAUGAAAUACUUGGGUAUCCCACUAUCUUCGAAAAGAUUGUAUCAGUCGGAUUGCAAAGUUCUUAUUGAUAAAGUAAAGAAUAGGAUAUCUGAUUGGAAGGUAAAGUUUCUGUCGUAUGCUGGGAGGGUCCAACUGAUUAAGUCUGUCCUUUCUUCUUUAACGAUAUAUUGGUCCUCGUUAUUUAUCCUUCCUUGUAAUGUGGCGGAGGAUAUUGAAAGAUUGAUUAGAGGUUUUUUAUGGAAUCAUCACGAUGGUAACCGGGGGAUGGCUGGUGUUAAGUGGGAGGAAGUUUGUAUGCCGAAGUUGCGUGGGGGGCUGAAUAUAUUGUCCCUUAGAAAUCAGAACAUUGCUCUCAUGACGAAGCACAUGUGGAAUUUAUUGUCGAAUAAGGAUUCUCUUUGGGUUAAUUGGGUUAAGAAGUAUAAACUGUUUGGUAGAUGUUUCUGGGAUAUUGGGGAAUCGAGAUCUGAUUCGUGGAGUUGGGGCCAUUUGCUGCAGAGUAGGGGGUUGGUUAGAGAGAACUUUAUGGUUAGGGUCGGUAAUGGGCUGAAUACUUUUGCUUGGCAAGAUAUUUGGCAUGAAAAGGGCUGUUUAAUGAAGUUUAUUGACAGGAGAGAUAUUAAAGCGGCGGGGUUUGACCGUCAUACUAGGCUGGCGGACAUUUAUGAUUCUAAUGGGUGGAAGGUUCCGGCAGAAUGGCAUAGUAAAUAUCCAUGGUUAGUAUCCUUUAAAAUUGGGAGUUUUAAUAGUAAUAAUGUUGAUUAUAUUAAAUGGAGGAGAUCUGAUGGGAAAUUGGUGGAUUUUACUGUUAAGAAUGUUUAUGUCAGUCUAUGUAAUGUUGGGGCUGUUGUGGGGUGGAGUAAGUUUGUGUGGUUUAGUCAAUGCAUUCCUAAGCAUGCAUUUAUUGCUUGGAUGGCGUGUAAAUUCAGAUUACUUACUCAAGAUAGGAUGCUGAAAUGGGGAUGGGCUGGGGAGUUAAAAUGUGCCCUUUGUAGGAAGUGUCCAGACAGUCAUAACCAUUUAUUCUUUUCUUGUGAAUAUUCAAAAGCUGUUUGGAAGAAGGUGAGACUGAAAGCUAGGAUGACUGACAUGCCAUUUUUUUGGUCGGAUAUUGUAGUGCUUUUAGAACAGAAUAGAAGUGGUAAGGCGGUUUGGGAGAUUAUUCGGAGAUUGGCGGUUGCUGCCUCGGUAUAUUUUAUAUGGCAGGAGAGAAAUGGUAGGUUAUUUAGAGACACGAAUAGAGCUCCGAAUGUUUUGUUUGAGCUGAUUAUAAAGGAGGUUAGGCUGAGAUUGAUGGGGUUAAAAUUGAAGAAUAGUAGAGGUGUGUUAGAGGCUGCUGAGAAUGCAUGGAGCAUCUGCUGGAUGGGUGUUUUGAAGUCUGAUUGGCAGCAGGGGGAUGUUUUGGUUGUAUGUGAGCUUCAGUUUGGUUUUGACAUAGCUAGCAGCUCACGCAGCAGUAGGGCCCGAAAAAGGGGUGCGGAUCAAACAACGCCCCAGCAAGAUCCGAUUCCACAGGAGACCCCGAUACUACAGAUUGGUGCCAAUGAUCCAAAGCUGAGAAAAAUUAAGUACCAAAGGGCUCAUGAGUUUAUUCCAACACAGAAAGUUAAUCGAUUCGACCACCCGUUACUGCUGUUCGAGCCGAGUACACCAGAAUGGGAUAAAUAUGACAAGUUGAGGAAUACGGAUUUGCUUCAGCACACGACUCAGUAUGAGGAGUUGGUGCUGGAGUUUCACAGCACAUGGAGACAUAAAGAAGGGAAGUUUGAUAAUGACACAACUGUGUCCUUCAGUCUGUGUAGGCAGGUCUUUGAGAUGAAUAUGGCGCGGUUUGCUAUAGUUUUGGGGUUUUAA